CCUUUAAGACACAGGUCGUAUCAUGAAGCACGGCUUACAGUAAAUAAUGUGUAUAUUCAUUAUUAGCAAACUAAUUUUGGGGUAUUAUGGCAACGAUUUAGAACAAGUAUGUUCUAUAAGACUUCAUAUUGACCAUUUAUCGACUAAUAAUUUCAUCAUAAACCUCUUCAUCCGUUGUAGGUUAUUAAGUAAAGCUCUAAAAUCGAGUUAUUAAGAAAGAAAUUGUUUGAAUUUAAUGGAGUUUUAAAGAGUAAUAAAACUAACACAGUUGUUAGAUAUCUUUUGGCACGCGAGGAAGUCUGUAUAAAAGAAAACUUUUCGGUAUAAAUGAAUUAUUGCACACGUCAAGUACCAGGUCGUCUUAAUCGUUAACUGUUCAGAGCAAAAUGUGCACUUUCUGGAUAAAAUAUUUAUUUGGAACGUUAUGUCUGAUCGAUCUCUCCGUACGUGUAAAUUCUCUACAGUGUUUCGAGCUGUCGUGUAACGGGACAAACUGUCUUCAUACGGAAAUUGUCAACAAUCCUUUGCUGAUAAACAAAUGUAACAGAGUUAUCUACAAAGGCUGUUAUACUGUGACCACAACUUUCAGCGGAUUCUCUCUGACAACUGCAGGAUGUGUUGAUAUGAAGUUUGAAUGUUCCAGUGGAACAUGUUCUGGUACUUUUGUUAGAACGGAAGUGUCUUGCUGCAAUACUGACCUUUGCAAUGACGGGAAAAUAUCGUCAGCCGCCAGAGUCACACUUGGCACGUGGACAUGUUUCUUCUUAUGCAACUUUAUACACAUUUUGAUGUCUACAUUUUCUAAACCUAAUUAGUGGGUCAGUGAUCACACUGCUUUUAAUAGUUAACAGUUAAGCACUAUUACAAACUAAUGACACAAAACGUAAUGUAAAACUUAAACGCCCUUGCAAUGGAAUGGUGAACUUUUAUAACUUUCGCAACUUGGGGUAAACUGAACGUUUGGAAUUUCAUUUGUUUUCUUGUGGCAUAUCUUCUUCCACGUAUUCAAAUAAUUUUAGAUGAGAAUGAAUUUAGUGCACGCAUUGCAAAUUUAGGCGCCCUUGGGUUUAUAAACAUUACUUCUUAUUUUUCCGUGAUGAAUAGGUUUGGUCACACUCAGUGAUAGCUCUGUUUUGUUUUACAGACAUACAUUUACUACGGUAACGUAACAAAAAUAAUUAAUGUAUAGUUUUAGAAAUGUAGACGUUUUCAUGGUAUUUGAUUUUCUUAUAAAUGAUGGUAAAUUACAAAGAACCGCAGCAAAGUAUAUUUAUUUUCAAAGUGUUUUUUAUGAAAUUUUAUACUCUGUUUGUAUGAAAUGUACUGACAUCGUCCAAUUUACCAUUUGUUUUGAGUGACCGGCACUAUAUACUUCAUAAAACUUAGUCCGGUAAUUCUUAAAUUGAUUAACCGUUGUAUUUUACGUCUGUAUACCUUAUGUAUGUUUCAUACCUCAUAGAACUUAUUCCAGUAAUUGAUCAAUUUAACUAAACGUUGCAUUUUAGCUAUGUGUACAAUGCAUACUUCGUACAAUUUAUUCCUGUAAUUGUUUACCUUGACUGAAAGUAGCAUUUUAUGCUAUGUCUUUUAA